AUGUCGGAUAUUUUCCACAAGAGUUGUUACACAACCCGAACUACUGGUUACAAAUAUCGUACAUUAUCAACAAACACAGGAGAAAAAGCCUCCAAAGAAAAUAAAGAGACUAAUGUGUUCGACAGAAAAUUCAAGGAACUUAAAAAUGCAAUAACUUCGCGGAUAAAUAAAGAAGUGGAUGACACACAGACGGCCCGUAUUAAAAUAGAUGAGAAAUUUGAUAAGGUCAAUUCAAAGAUAAAUACGAUGCUAGAUUUGAAAGACACUAUCACGAUGCUUCGCCAAUGA